AUGCCCAGCUAUGUGUGCAAAAUCCAGGCCAUGUGCUACUUCAUCCACGACAGCUUGGACAUCAUCAUGAACCAGCAGGCGCGCUCCUCCUAGGAGGACCUGGUGCACCAUGCCAUGGCCAUCUCUGCCUUCGUCUCGCUCAUCAUCACGGGCCGCUUCCUGGUGGCGGCGAUGCUGCUGCUGCUGGUGGAGGUGAGCAACAUCUUCCUCACGGUGCGCAUGCUGCUGAAGAUGAGCAACGUGCCUUCGCCGGCGCUCUACGAGGUGAACAAGUACGUCAACCUGGUGAUGUACUUCGCCUUCCGCCUGGCGCCCCAGGCCUACCUCACCUGGUACUUCCUACGCCACGUGGAGGUGCAGGGCCAGGGUGCCUUCCUCAUGGCCAACCUCUUGCUGCUUGACGCCAUGAUCCUCAUGUACUUCUCCCGCCUCCUGCGCUCCGACUUCUUCCCCUCCUUGCACAAGGCCUCUGCGGGGAGAGACGUGGACGGGGAGAAGUUCCUGAUAGACUGAGACGCGUGUGCUGGGGCGGGAGCCCGGCUCCGGCUCCGGGAGGCCUCCGGCCUUCCUUACCUGCUCUGAUGUGCCUUAGGGCUCGCUCCUCGGCCACGGGCGCUGCCUUCACCCGCUCUGCCGCCUCCA